UAAUAAAAAGUAGACAUCGCGCAGUCCACAAGAAAACUACCAAAACAAAAAAAAGAAGGGAUUGCUUUCAGUGAAGCAUACAUCGUCACUGUAUACAAAUGCAAAAAAACCGCCAUUGAAGAACACAUUUGAAGGUCAUGUCUCGAACCCUAAAUAUCAUCUCUAACAACGUUCAAGGCUAUGGACCAUCAGAGAGCUCCUUUCUCCCGUGCUUGGGGGUUUCUGGAAGGGCAGUCAGCGUAUCGGCUUGUCCUCGAAGUGAAUGUAAAACGACUCAGGUGAACUUUAUACCAUUAAAGUGUUCUUUGAAGCACAUGUCUUUCAUCUGCAAGGCAAGUACUGGUGGUUACAGAAGAAAUCCAGAUUUCCCCAAGCAAAACAGAUCUGGAUACUCUCGAAAUAGGAAUCGAGUGAAUGAAGAGAGGGACAACUCUGAGAACCUUGAUGAAUCUGAGUUCUUAUCAACUAAAAACGGGCCAUUACUUUCUCUUUCCAAUAGCCCAAAGUCCCAUGCCACAGCUGCUCCUGGACCGAGAGAAAGGGAAAUUGUCGAACUCUUUAGGAAGGUUCAGGCCCAACUUCGUCAAAGAACAGCCGUCAAGGAAGAGAAGAAGUUUGAAGCUGUUAAAGGACAAACUAAAGAGAGUGAAACUGUUGAUUCUCUGCUUAAGCUUUUGAGGAAGCAUUCAGUUGAGCAAGGUAAAAGAAAAGUUAAUGGUGGUGGUACCAAUGAAUUUGGUUAUGAUCAUCCAAGACAAAGUGGACAACAAUCUAAUGAGGAUAAGAACAAAAGCUUUUUCAAUUCCAGUAGCAUGGUUAAGGAAGAGCCUCAAGAAACUAAUAAGCCUUCAUUCAGCAGGCCAGCCUCUGAGUUCAGACGGCGGUCUCCCGUUCCUAAGGUUAGAUACGAGCCGAUUGUCAAUCAUUCGGAUCUCGAUGUAAAGACAAACGAGACUUUCACCGAACCCAUUCCCGAGCCUGAACCCGUUUAUGAUCUAGAGCCAGAUCUGGAUAUGGUCUCGGGGCUAGAUCUAGUGCAAGAAGAGGAGACAGAGGAAGAGGCCGAGAUAGAGUUAGAUACAGAAGCUGUUUUUGUAGAUGAACCCACGGUUGGUAACUUGUCAGAGACCGAGUUUUUGGAUGCUGAAGAAGAUGAUUAUGAUGAGAAGAAAGAUGAAGAAACGAAGAAUACUGAAUCCCUGGACUUGAAUGCUAUGAAGCUAUCUGACUUAAGAGCGAUUGCAAAAGCUCGAGGCAUGAAAGGUUACUCGAAGUUGAAGAAGUCAGAGCUUGUUGGGCUGCUCAGUGAUGAUUCCAUGUAAUCCUUGGUGAGGAAACUAACUACCUGUACUCAUCUAGAGAUCAGUGAGAUUUCUCCUUUUCGGCGGUUAAUUUCAGUUAGAUGAAAUGAACCCAUUUGGUUCUUUACCUGUUUAGCAUAGGUGCUGAUAGUUUAUACUUGGUUUUUAUGUUGGUUUUUGUGUUGUUGGAAGGAAAUUUAGGAUCUAUGGAUGAGUUUCCCUCUUUUUUGUAUACUUACUUUCUGCUCGCUUUGACACUUCUAUGUAGAGAGAUUGUUUGGGCAACUUUGAUGUAUUAAACAUGCUAUUCUUGAGAUUUUUCAUACAA